AUGCGUGCCAUUGUUGACCCCCCGGCGACGUGGGUAACCGUACGGUGCCAAAAAUGGUGUAACCAGGCUCUGCGUCGUCUUGGAUUCUCUUCCGCAUCGUUCCGAAAAAGAAAUGCAAGUGCGUUUGAUGGUGGAAGUUUGGAUCAGGACGUGAGCCUCUUCUUCUCCUCAGAACACCCACAAUACGCCCACUCACACACAGGACUGGGUCCCUUCGCUGCGUCAGUGGCGCUCUUGACAAGAUACCGUAAAGCACCAAGUUUGCCAAUGACAAGAUAUCCAGGUAGACGUGAAAUACUCUUCUUAAAUAUAGAAAAAAAAAAGAAAUGUGUGGGUAGUGGGGGCAGUGUGUGUUUGUAG